GUAAGAGAUGAGCCUGACAUGGAAUUGAAUGGAAAGAAGCUAGUUGUGACUUAUGACCCUAAAUGGCAAAAAAACAUGAAAUGGAUCAGGGUCAGCGAUCUGGGGGACAAUUUUGCUUCCUGUACUUUGUGUGACACCAACAUCAUGCUGCACACAGGUGUUUUUGAUCUGAAACAACACCAGCAGACUAAAAAGCAUAUGAAGCAUGAAAUGGGAACAUUAAAUUCAUCUAAAAGAAAGCAGGUUGAAGACUCCAUUUCCUGUAGUGAAAUCAUGCUGCUCUUCAUUCAAACUCAUUGCCUUACCAGUUUACCCUCAAGGAUCAACAAGGUCUCUCAAUGUACUGCAAGAUAUAUCCUUGGACUACAGUACCCAAACGACAUUGUUUCUGCUUGUAAGCUGAACCCGUACUGUGUUUACGUGUGUGGACAGGUGCCACUUGAUGCAGAGAGCGGAGAAAAGACCUGCCAUGUGGUACUUGUGGGCUUUUUUGAUGAAAAGCUAACAAAGUAUUCCAUCCGUAUCCUUGAUGUCUUUCAAGCAUUUGCUGAAGAUUGUUCUGUAACUGGAUGUUUACUCAACGUCCUGCAAAAGUUUGAGCUUCCUGCUAACAACAUGGUUGCAUUUUACAUUGAUGACCAGGACCAGACCUCAAAGAGUGUUGUUGUGCAGAUUCGGGAGCUCAACCCAAAGAUGAUUGAUCUUGGAGAACUUUACAGCUUACCAGAUUCUGCCUGCAAUACUGGCCUAAUGGGCCACUCUAGUGAGGUUCAGGAACUUAUUGUGAACAUAUAUGGACACUACUCAACUUGUUCCACCAGUAAUGACAACCUCAAGAUGCUGUUUGCAGGCAUUAAUGGACUAAAAGACUCCAGCCCACCGCUUUCAAUCAACUGUGAGGAGUUUUGUGUGCUUCUUCAAAGGAUGCUCAGAAUGUGGACAGAUUUGGCAUCAUACUACACUUCCUGUGAUGAGAACAAUGAUAAAGCUAAGCAUAUUUGUACCCAGUUGGAGAACCCUAAAAUCAGGGUCACCUUGAUGUUCCUGGAUCAUGCCCUUGGACCAUUAUGUGCCUUCGGACAACGGCUGCAACGUUGCAAAGGCUCUGCUCGUGCUGAUCUUAUGCAGGUUCUUCGAGAAGCAAGUGGGCUCCUGCGAUCUUAUGCCUCCAGCUUUCUUCGCCCUCAAGCUGUCAUACGUUACCUGGAGGAACGAGAUCCAGCCAUCCUGGAUAACUUAACAUUCUGUCUUCCUGCUACGGAGCUCAGUCUAGGUGGGGCAGUAGAAGACUUCAUCUCUGCACAAGAAGAGGAACUAGCAGACUCCCUGAAUGUUUUUCAGGAAGAGUGUUUAGCAUUGUACAAAACACUUACUACCUGCAUUGCUGACAGUCUACCUCUAAGCGAUGGGAUCCUGAGGAGCAUGUCACAGCUUCUCAGUCCAGCAGGAAGGUUAAAAAUCACUGGAAAGAGUGUAGUUGACCUUGCUGUACAAUUUGGCCUCUGUGCCAAAUCUGAGGAAUCGGCUAAGCUUAUCAAUGAGUUCUUCCAUUACCAGCUUGUAGAGGAUGAGGAGCUGAAAAUGGAAAAUGGGUUUGAUGAAGGACUUCAAGAUAAAUCUUCAACCCUUUUCCUGGAACGAUACUGGAGUAGUGCCCUUAAGACUUUCGCACCAGAAUCCAUCUUCAGAAGACUUGUUCUCAGUCUUUUGGCUUUGCCCUGUCCAUCUCUUGAAGCAGAAAAGAUCUUUGCUCAGGCUGUCGAAAAUGGUGAUGCUGGUCAUUGGGAUGACAGUUCAAAGAAAAGUUACUCCUCCUUAGAGCACACUGAAGUCAAGGCCCAAUGCCACAAAAAUGGGAGGAUGAAAAAAGCUGCAAACAGCACAUCCGAGACGGUUCAACACUCAGUCACAGUGAAGCCAUGUGUGGUGCGACUGGAGAAGAUCACCAGUAAGCGAGAAAUGGAUUUAAAGAAAAAUGGAGCAGACCAUGAUGUUAUGUGGACUAGUAACUCAUUUCAGCAGGGCUCUGUUAGGGGAAUAUACAGUUGGGAAAGCAGUUUACGGCAGAAACCGCAGGCACGUACUGUCUUUCAGGCCAAUGCAGGCACCUGGAGCAAACCAGUGAACCUAGACAAGGACAGCAAUCCCGAGGCGGCUAAGAACAAAGCUUGUUCAUCUGGAUCCAAUGUUGCGAUGCCAAGCCCCAAACCUGGGAAGAGAGACAUGACAUACCAGGAUAAUAAGGGUUUUGUCAAUGGAGAGCUGGUGUGGGGGAAAGUGAAGGGCUUCUCUUGGUGGCCUGGGCUGGUAAUAGCGUGGAAGGGCAGAACAGUUCCCAUGUCCAUGAGGCGUGUGGAGUGGUUUGGAGAUGCCAUGUUUUCAGAGAUUCAUACAGAGGGGCUGUUGCCCUUCGCUGCAUUUGCAAAGUGCUUCUGUAGUAAAUCCUUUGAAGGUUUGCCUACCUACAAAGAUGCCAUUUACCAAGUCCUGGAGUUGGCUGGGGAACGCUGUGGGAAGACUUUCACCAGCUCUGGGAGAAGCUCGGAAGAUAUGAAAGCCAUGCUAGACUGGGCAUUUGGAGGUUUCAAGCCCACAGGUCCCGAUGGCUUUUUGCCUUCUACAGACAGUUCAUCUAGUAAUAAAGCAGAGUUAUCGGAUUCCUCUGUGUCUGAUUUUCAGCCACCAGCUAAGAAAAAAUAUGUCCACAAGAACAGACAGUCCACUCAGGAAUAUACCAGAGAGCAAAUGGUCCAUGCAGUCUCAGAUAAAAGCAAAAACAUUAAAGAUUUCUGUCUGUCCUGUGGAAGUCCCAGCAUUGAAAUUUUCCAUCCUCUCUUUGAGGGAAGCCUUUGUUUUAAAUGCAAGGAGAACUUUACAGAGACCCUGUACAAAUAUGAUGAUGAUGGCUAUCAGUCAUACUGCACUGUGUGCUGUGCUGGCCUUGAGGUCAUUCUCUGUGGGAAUAAAAACUGCUGCAGGUGUUUCUGUAAAGACUGUUUGAAUGUCUUGGUGGGACCAGGGACAUUUGAAAAUCUGAAGGGGGAGGACCCAUGGAGCUGUUAUGUCUGCCUGCCCUCUAAGAGAUAUGGUGUGCUCAAGCUCAGGCCUGACUGGAGUGUUCGUGUCCAGGAGUAUUUUGCCAAUAACAGUGCCUUUGAAUUUGAGCCACAUAGAGUGUACCCUUCAAUUCCAGCUUAUCAGCGUCGGCCGAUCAAGGUCCUCUCCCUGUUUGGUGGAAUUGCAACAGGCUAUCUGGUUUUAAAAGACCUGGGCAUAAAGGUGGAGCGCUACAUUGCUUCUGAAAUCUGUGAAGACUCCAUUGCAGUCGGGAUGAUCAAACAUGAGGGCAUGAUUGAAUAUGUGAAGGAUGUGCGGACCAUCACAAGGAAACAUCUGGCUGAGUGGGGCCCAUUUGACCUUCUGAUUGGUGGAAGUCCCUGUAAUGACCUGUCCAUGGUAAAUCCAGCCAGAAAAGGUAUUUUUGAAGGCACAGGUCGGCUGUUCUUUGAAUAUUACCACAUGUUAACCUUGAUGAGGCCAAGACAGGAUGACGAUCGCCCAUUUUUCUGGCUCUUUGAGAACGUAGUAGCCAUGAGUGCCCGCGAUAAGGCAGAUGUCUCCCGCUUCUUGGAGUGUAAUCCUGUGAUGAUUGACGCUAUGAAAGUGAGCCCUGCCCACAGGGCCCGUUACUUCUGGGGCAAUUUACCUGGAAUGAACCAGUAUGAAUGAAAACAUACACACACAAAACAGAAAUUCACAAUUACGCAUGUAAACAUAAGGCAGAAUUUGCUUGAGUAUGAAAAUACAUGUGUGCUCUGUCAUUUAUGUAACUCAUGCUGAAAUAGAUGGUGAUGGAUGCCUUCACAUCUUAAAUGUGAUUAAAGACAUGAUUUUGUGUUUUUAGACCACUGGCUACUUCACUCACUGACAACUUAGAGCUGCAUGACUGCCUGGAGGUUGGACGAACAGCAAUGUUCAACAAAGUUCGCACCAUCACCACCAAGCCUAACUCAAUUAAACAAGGAAAGAUGGGAC